AUGGCUUCUGCUGGGUCAGACAUGCAGUUUCAUAUGGUGCAGGUGCGAAAUACAUUUCUGGAAGUGCAGACAUCAGAGGACCUACGGGCACAGGACGUCGGACCCAAAUCUAUUCGACCACGGCGGAGCAAGAGUUGGAGCGGAUCUUCUUCGUCCAACAGCUGUCACGAAAACAGUUCCGGAGAUGCUGAGAAAGAGCAGUGGUUCUCCGUGACCGUGAGUGGACAGGCGCACCACUCGGUGUUCGAUGAGACCUUGCCUCAGGAGAAAGUAUCGCAGUUAAGGUUGAUUUCAGGGCACGCAACGGCCUUUCUGACGCCUUGGAACUCCUCUUCAUCUUCAGCUUUGGAUCCCGACUCGUGGGAAAACGCUAUGCAAGAGUUCAAGAACCCAUGGGAGAGUGCUAUGCAUGAGUUCCAAAGCUCAUCACCAAGCCCGAGACGUUUGCCACCGCCUCCGCCUCCACCCAGGGAUGGUGCCCAGGUGGUACCUGCAGUCCAGCUUCGGAUUGAGGAGCAAAUAAAUGACGACUAUCAGCCGCAGUACGGACAGUCUAUUGGCGCGAAGGGACAUGGCCGCGGGAAAUGCACGCCGUGCACCAGGAUUUUGGUGCGACCAGGGUGCGAAUUCGGUUCCCGCUGUAUGUUCUGUCAUCUUGAGCAUUCCGAUCAGAUGGACAGCAGGAAGAAUCGGCAUCGCCCUUGCAAAGCAGCACGGCAACAACACAAACAGACGAUCCAGAAAGUGUAUGAGGAGUACAAGGACAACCCCGAGAAGAAGAAGAAGGCUCUGGAGAAGAUUGCAGGAGCAAGCCCAUACAUGCGAAGCCUUCUGAAGAGCUUGGGCGAGAAGGAUGAAGAGGAAGUCCUUGCACACCUUGCCAGGGCUGAUGAAGCACUGCCGGCUCCGAAAGUGCCUGGGUUGCAGCCUGCCGACGAUGUCAGGCCCAGCUCGGCAUCCUCGGAAGAUCCGGCCGACAAGAAGUCCAAGCGUACCACGAUUCACAUCCACGUCAGACGCGGCCUCGGAUUGGGGGCAUCAGACGAGUCAAAGACGUACAUUGGCGGGAACUCGCUCGUCCAGAAGCCUGUGGCAGAGCCGGGCUCAGAUAACGCGCAUGCCAGCCCUCCCUUUAGCUGCCCGACUUCCAAGGUCCGCCGCAGGCGGUAUGAGGAAUUUGGCUACACUCCCGGUCCUGUGAUGGGACUUCUCGAAUGCUGCCGGGAGGAGGCCCCUUCACACUUCGAUUCCACCUGGUUCCUCAGUGACGCCCCACCCGACGGGUCCCUUAUCACAUUGUUCCAAGUCAACCUUGUCACUCAAGCUGCCGGAACGUACACCGAUAGGCGGGUGCACUCGGCCAUGUUCCUGACAAAAAGACAGCCAAAGCCAAAGGCUCGAAUCCGCAUGUUGCAGGUGAGGAACACGUUCCUGGAAGUUCAGACACAGGAGGACGUCGACCGCAAGUCUGUUCGGCCGCGGAGCAAGAGCUGGAGUGGUUCCUCUUCGUCCAACAGCUGUCACGAAAACAGUUCCGCGGAUGCCGAGAAAGAGCAGUGGUUUUCUGUGGCUGCCGGUGGACAGGCGCACCACUCGGUGUUCGACGAGAACUCUUUUUCAUCUUCAUCUUCAGCUUUGGAGAGCGAAAGUUGGGACCAUGCCUUACACGAGUUCAAGAGUUCAUCAUCGGCCAGCUCUCGACGGCAGCCGCCCGCACCCAGAGAUGAUGCGCAGGCAGCACAGGCGGUUCAAUCCCGGAUGGAGGCCAUUGAGGGGUUGCUUGACGAUGACUACCAGCCAGAGUACGGGCAGUCCGUCGGCGCGAAG